UAUUUCAAACAUCAUGGAACAACAACCACUAGUUUUCUUAGCAAUUGUUCUUGCACUUUCCUCAUACGCACAUGGGUUAAAGAUCUUCGAUAUCAGCAGCUAUGGAGUGGGGGCCGACAAAGAUAUAACUGCGGCACUGGACAAAGCAUGGAAGGAAGCAAUUGCUUCACCUGAACCGGCGAAAAUAACAAUAGGUUCAGGUGAAUGGAUCUUGAAGCAGGCUCACCUAGAAGGACCCAGCAAAUCUCCUCUCGAGCUCGAAGUGAAAGGCACCAUAAAAGCCCUUUCCGACCCGACGCAACUCCCCAACAAAGAAUGGGAAUGGGUCACUGUCAACUACGUGAACUACUUCACCCUCUCCGGUGGAGGUGUUUUCGACGGCAUGGGUGAGCAAGCCUGGAAAACAAAUGAUUGCCAUGUCAACACAAAGUGCGCAAAGCUUCCCAUCAACCUUAGCUUCAAUUUCAUCAACAACUCCAUCAUCCAAGACAUCACCACCAAAGAUAGCAAGAAUUUCCACUCCAACUGCAUCUCCAGCAACAACGUCACAUUCCUGCGAUACAAAGUGUCAGCACCGCAUGAUAGCCCCAACACCGACGGUCUCCACAUAGCGCGAAACAUCGGCAUCACCAUCCUAGACGCCGUCAUCCAGACGGGCGAUGACUGUAUCUCCAUGGGGGAUCAGAUGACGGACGUCAUGAUAAAAAACGUCAAAUGUGGGCCCGGCCACGGCAUCAGCAUCGGCAGUAUGGGCAAGAACAUUGAGGAGAAAGAUGUUAGCAGAAUCACCAUACAAAACUGCACCUUCGAUAACACUGCCAAUGGUGUUAGGAUCAAGACAUGGCCCUCGGCGCCAGCCACCUUGACAAUCUCGGAUUUGAAUUUCCUAGACCUAACCAUGAUCAAUGCCAGCAAUCCCGUCAUCAUCGAUCAACAAUACUGCCCCUGGAACCUCUGCUCUCUCGACAAACCAUCGUCGAUCCAGAUUAGCAAAGUGAAGAUUCAGAACGUCAAGGGCACGAGCUCUACUCAGGAUGUGGUUAUAUUCUCUUGCAGCACAAGCAAGCCAUGCCAAGAUGUGCAGAUUGGAGAUAUUGAUCUUAAAUUCACCGGAGACCCUGCACUAGGCGGUGCCACUACCAAGUGCCAAAACGUCAAGUACACGUUCACCGGUGGUGCACAGAAUCCACCUCUAUGCCAGAGGAGCAGUGCGCCCAAACCUUUUCCGAUGUAGAACUAUCAAAUGGAUUUUUAAUUCUACAAUUUACCAUGUUAUGUUUGCUAGGGUUGGUAUACUGAAAAACAUGUUUCUGUUAGAGUUUUGUAUUCUGUAAAGCAUUUUUCGAGUGCUUGUAUAUUGUAAAAACUCUCCGUUUAUUUUCCAAGGAAUAAAACAAACUAUUUUUGUCA